AUGCUCUUGUCCUUGAAGGUUUUGAGCUCACAAUUAAGGCACCUCAAGGCCAUUAAGUGCAGGUUCCCAAUGGAUGCCACGGACAGCAAAGCCUCCACGGUUAUAAAGGCUGCAUGUACGUUCUUCAGAAGUCAGGCGGACUUUGAGCCAGAUGCCACGUUGUCUCUCCCAGAAUGUGCAGCAUAUGAUACUUGCUGUCAGAAGGCCAUUUUUGAGUCAAUGAAGCAUGAGGAAAAAGAUAAGCUGAAGCAGCGGUGCGGCGGCUCUUGGAAGCUCGUCCUUGAGUACCUGUUGAUCGGUGAGAAGAAUUACCACCGUGGGAAAUCCCAGGUUGUUGCUGGACCAGGGCACAGUAUUGCCGUCACAGCAAAGGGGGAUGUCUACUCAUUCGGCGCAAACUCUUCAGGGCAGCUUGGGCUUGGGAAUACCGAAGGACAGUUCGAACCAUGCCUUAUUAGGUCUCUGCAGGGCAUUAGAAUCACACAAGCCGCAGUUGGCUCGAGGCGGACAAUGCUUGUUAGUGACACAGGAAGAGUGUAUGCGUUUGGACAGGAUAACUAUUCGGGUUUGUUUUUUCCUAGUACUUGCACUAGCAGCCCUAAGGUCGUGGAAUCACUGAAAGAUAUGUUUGUAGUCCAAGCAUCUAUAGGAGGUCACUUCUCUGCAGUUCUGUCUAGAGAGGGUCAGGUUUACACUUUCUGUUGGGGGCGUGAAGCGAAGCUUGGUCAUCGUUCAGAUCCGAAUGAUCUCGAGCCUCGCCUUCUCUCUGGACCGCUUGAGGAUGCUCUUGUUGUGCAGAUUGCUGCAGGCAAUUGCUAUCUCCUUAUGUUGGCCUACCAACCUACUGGAAUGUCGGUUUACUCGGUAGGGUGCGGUUUAGGAGGCAAGCUUGGGGCAUGGAUGCACGACAAACCUGACGAUCCCAAUGGUGAUCCAACAUUUCCAGACAUUGAAGCCCUGGCGAGUGAUGGACGUGUGUUCACCUGGGGGUGGCACUCCUAUGGCUGUCUGGGACACGAUGAUGAACAAAAAUGUAUUGACCUCCCCACGGCAGUGGCAGGCUUGGGGUCAGUGAAGGCUAGGCACGUCUCGGCUGGCUAUUGCUCCACCUUCGUCGUCGCAGAUAAUGGCGAUGUCUACUCCUUUGGUUGCCAUCUUUCGCAUAAUCUGGGUUUUCAGGCAGCCGGCGUGGGAGACGCGGGUGAACGGAUUCCCAAGCUAGCCACUCAGAUUGCUGCGCUGGAUGAAAAGGCUGUGCAGAUUAGCGCGACUAACACCUUGGACUGGGUUGGCGACAGUUACGUUCCGGAUCACUCUCAUACAUUCGUCCUCACCGAGUCCGAGGCUCUACUCCCUCGGUGCAGUUUGACUGAUCUUUAUGUUGGAUUGCGAUGGCCAUUCUCUGGCAAAUGCAACCGGUUGCGCUGA